AUGGCGUGGGACAUGUGCAACCAGGACUCUGUAUGGAGUGAUAUAGAGUGUGCUGCUCUGGUUGGUGAAGACCAGCCUCUUUGCCCAGAUCUCCCAGAACUUGACCUCUCUGAACUAGAUGUGAAUGACUUGGAUGCAGACGGUUUUCUGGGUGGACUCAAGUGGUACAGCGACCAAUCAGAAAUCAUUACCAAUCAGUACAGCAAUGAAUCAUCAAAUAUAUUCGAGAAGAUAGAUGAAGAGAAUGAAGCAAACUUGCUAGCAGUUCUCACUGAGACACUGGACAGUAUCCCUGUGGAUGAGGAUGGAUUGCCUUCAUUUGAUGCACUGACAGAUGGAGAUGUGACCAAUGAAAAUGAUGCUAGCCCUUCACCAAUGCCUGACGGCACCCCUCCGACUCAGGAGGCAGAAGAGCCGUCUCUACUUAAGAAGCUCUUGCUGGCUCCAGCCAACAUUCAGCUAAAUUACAAUGAAUGCAGUGGUCUCAGCACACAAAACCAUGCAAACACUAAUCACAGGAUCAGAACAAGCCCUGUGGUUGUUAAGACCGAGAAUUCAUGGAGCAAUAAACCGAAGAGCAUUUGUCAACAGCAAAAGCCACAAAGACGUCCCUGCUCUGAGCUUCUCAAGUAUCUGACUACAAAUGAUGACCCUCCUCAGACCAAACCAACAGAGACCAGGAACAGCAGCAAAGACAAAUGCAUCUCCAAAAAGAAGCCCCAUCUGCAGUCUCAGGCAUAUCAUUUGCAAGCCAAACCAACAAGUUUAUCACUUCCUUUGACACCUGAGUCACCAAAUGAUCCCAAGGGUUCCCCAUUUGAGAACAAGACUAUUGAACAAACCUUAAGUGUGGAACUCUCUGGAACUGCAGGCCUAACUCCACCUACAACCCCUCCUCACAAAGCCAACCAAGAUAAUCCUUUCAGGACUUCACCCAAGCUGAAGUCAUCAUGCAAGACUAUUGUACCACCCUCAAAAAAGCCCCGCUACAGUGAGUCUUCCAGUUCUCAAGGACAUAACACAAUCAAGAAGAGUCCAGAACAGUCUGAGCUGUAUGCACAGCUUAGCAAGACAACAGUACUGUCCAGUGGACAUGAGGAGAGAAAGACAAAACGGCCUAGUUUGCGGCUGUUUGGUGACCAUGACUACUGUCAAUCUGUGAAUUCAAAAACCGAAAUACACAUUAAAAUAUCCCAGGAACUUCAGGACUCCAGACAACAAGAAUUUAAAGAUUCUGCACCUGGGUGGCAGUGUCAGAUUUGUUCUUCUUUAGAACAAGACCAGUAUUACAAGAGAGAGACUUUACAGGCAAGUAAGCAGGGUUCCCACUCUAGCAGCCGAAAACAGCUCCAAGACCAGGAUAUCCGGGCCGAACUGAAUAAGCACUUUGGUCACCCCAGCCAAGCUGUUUUUGAUGAAGAGGCAGAUAAGGCCAGUGAACUGAGGGACAGUGAUUAUAGUAAUGAACAAUUCUCCAAACUACCUAUGUUUAUAACUUCAGGACUAGCUAUGGAUGGCCUCUUUGAUGACAGUGAAGAUGAAAGUGAUAAACUAUGCUACCCUUGGGAUGGGACAGAAGCCUAUUCAUUAUUUGAUGUAUCGCCUUCUUGCUCUUCUUUUAACUCUCCAUGCAGAGAUUCAGUGUCUCCACCCAAAUCCUUAUUUUCUCAAAGAUCCCAAAGGAUACGCUCUAGAUCAAUGUCCUUUCCUCAGCACAGGUCUUGUUCCCGUUCUCCAUAUUCCCGAUCGAGAUCAAGGUCGCCAUGUAACAGAUCCUCUUCCAGAUCUUGUUACUAUUAUGAGUCCAGCCACUGUAGACAUCGAGCAUACAGAAGUUCUCCUUUAUAUGCAAGAUCACGAUCCAGAUCACCGUAUAGUUGUAGACCCAGAUAUGACAGCUAUGAGGAAUAUCAGCAUGAAAGACUGAAGAGGGAAGAAUACCGCAAAGAGUAUGAAAAACGGGAAUCUGAAAGGGCCAAACAAAGGGAGAGGCAGAGACAAAAAGCAAUUGAAGAACGUCGUGUGAUGUAUGUGGGUAAAAUCAGAGCUGAUACCACCCGAACAGAACUGAGGGACCGGUUUGAAGUUUUUGGUGAAAUUGAGGAGUGUACAGUACAUCUGCGGGAUGAUGGAGACAGCUAUGGUUUCAUCACCUACCGCUAUACUUGUGAUGCAUUUGCUGCUCUCGAAAAUGGAUACACUUUACGCAGGUCAAAUGAACCUGACUUUGAGUUGUACUUUUGUGGACGCAAGCAAUUUUGCAAGUCUAACUAUGCAGACCUAGACUCAAACUCAGAUGAUUUUGAUCCUGCUUCCACUAAGAGCAAAUAUGACUCCAUGGAUUUUGAUAGUUUACUUAAAGAGGCACAGCGAAGCCUGCGUAGGUAA